CCUCCAAACCGGUCGCUCGGAAUCCGGCUUCGAUCCUUCUUCUCUCACUAAUUCUGUUUGAUUGCCGCUCCGGAGGCCCAGGGACUCUCUUCAAUCAACAUGGCUUCUCAGGGUGUCAACGUUUUCCGCUACUCGGCUCUGAUUACCGGUCUCGUCUACGGUUUCUACCACCAGUCCUCCCUCACCUCCGCCGCCAAGCACGCAGAGGCCGAGCGUGAAUAUGCCCGCCAGGAGCGCCUGAUCGAGCAGGCCAAGGCCGAAUGGAAGAAGAAGACGGCGCCCAAGGACUCUAAGACGAACAGCGGCGUGAUUACGGAUCCCGAGGACAGCCGGUUUGACCUUGAGGCUUUCCUGAAGCUGAAGGCCGGUGAGAACUAGAUAUGUUUGGAAGUAUACAGCGAGAAGAUGAUUUGCUUUUAUCUCUCCCCCGACCGGAACCUGACAAGGUAUCGAGGAGAGAUUGCGGGAUGAUCCCGGUUAUGUAUUAUUGUUUGUUGGUCUAAUUUCCCAGAGUCGUGUCAUUGCGAGCGAAAGGA